AUGGAAUUAAACUGUACCGUAUGCUUGGAUCGAUUAAAAUAUCCGCUUGGAAAACCUGAUAAUUGUGAGCAUAAAUUUUGCUUUGAAUGUAUUAGUAAUUGGUUAAAAAAGCGAUCCCAAUGUCCACUUUGUGGUAAUACUCCGAAAUAUCUCAUCAAAAUUGAAGAAACUAAGGAAGAAACAAAAGUACCAGUAAAAAAACGAACAGCAACGCAAUUUGAAAAUGAGCUUCUUGCCCGAGAACAACUGGAAGAAGGUUAUAACGGAUCUUUGGAUGAAGAUAUCACUAUUCAAUAUGCAAGCUGUCGUUCAUGCAGACGUUCAGAUAAUGAACAUCUACUGUUACUUUGCGAUGGAAACGUUGGUCAAAAUGCUGAUGGUUCCAUGAUACGCUGUAAUGUCGCUUAUCAUAGCUAUUGCUUGCCGCAAAAACUUGAACAAAUUCCGAAAGAUGACUGGUUUUGUCCAUUCUGUGCGAACAAACCUGAAAAUGCACAGCAUUUUUCAAAGCAAACAAAUCUUAACAUUUUGCCUUCAGAAGUUAGUACCAGCAAUUCAUCACUGUUAAAGAAUGAGACAGAUGUUUGUCAAGAUUCGACGUACCAUCCAAAUGAAAGUUCGAAGCAAGAUGAAAUGAAAAUGGAAACUAUUGAAUGUAACAGUAUUAUAGAAUCCGAAUCAUCAGCUAUUUACGGCGAUACAGAAAGUGAAUCUGUCGAAUCUGUCGAAAGUAACUACGGUGAUGAAAAUGGUCAAUUUUCUUCAGGAAGUGAUGCAAGUGCCGAUAAUUAUGAUGAUUAUGAAGGGAUAGAUCAUGAUAGGAUAGAAUCAAGCAGUGAAAUAACUAACGAUGAUUCUGAAGCAGAAAACUUUAAUGGCAAGUUAAUUUUGUUAAAGAAUUAA